CCUUUGUUCGAAUUUUGUUUCACUAUACAACUCGACGUUGCAGAAGCGGGUAGACAAAACCUUUGAAAUUAGGGUUUAGUCCAAUUCACCAUUGAUUCAAUCUCUCCUGCUUUGCGAAAAUGGCUUCAACAGGUCCACCGAUUCCUUCAUCUCUGAAGAGAAUCAAUUCGACAGCGACGAGAGAAGGAGAUCAGUUGAUAAUUACCCCGUUAGGAGCAGGAAGUGAAGUCGGCCGGUCUUGCGUUUACAUGACCUACAAAGGCAAAACUGUUUUGUUUGACUGUGGGAUUCAUCCUGCUUAUUCUGGAAUGGCUGCCUUACCAUACUUCGAUGAAAUUGACCCGUCCACCAUUGAUGUUCUGCUUGUCACUCACUUUCACUUGGAUCAUGCUGCCUCUCUUCCGUAUUUUUUGGAGAAGACUACUUUUAAGGGGAGAGUCUUCAUGACACAUGCAACUAAGGCUGUUUAUAAAUUGCUUUUGUCUGACUACGUUAAAGUUAGCAAAGUUUCAGUUGAAGACAUGUUGUUUGAUGAGCAAGAUAUACUUCGUUCCAUGGAUAAAAUUGAGGUUAUUGACUUUCAUCAGACUUUAGAAGUAAAUGGUAUCCGCUUUUGGUGCUAUACUGCUGGCCAUGUCCUUGGUGCUGCCAUGUUUAUGGUGGACAUAGCUGGUGUCAGGGUCCUCUACACCGGUGACUAUUCACGCGAGGAAGAUCGUCAUCUCCGAGCAGCUGAGAUGCCACAGUUCUCGCCCGAUGUUUGCAUUAUUGAAUCUACUUAUGGCAUUCAACUUCACCAGUCACGACAUGUCCGAGAAAAAAGAUUCACUGAUAUCAUUCAUUCUACUGUUUCUCAAGGUGGCCGUGUUCUAAUACCUGCAUUUGCCCUUGGCCGUGCCCAAGAACUUCUUUUGAUCCUUGACGAGUAUUGGUCUGCCCAUCCCGAGCUUCACAAUAUUCCUAUAUAUUACGCCUCACCUCUUGCGAAGAGAUGCAUGGCUGUCUACCAAACUUACAUCAACUCAAUGAACGAUAGAAUCAGAAACCAAUUCGCCAAUUCAAAUCCUUUUGAUUUCAAGCACAUAUCGCCCCUGAAAAGCAUCGAGAGUUUUAAUGACGUGGGUCCCUGUGUUGUUAUGGCCAGUCCUGGUGGGCUUCAAAGUGGGUUAUCCCGACAGCUGUUUGAUAGAUGGUGCGCUGAUAGAAAAAAUACCUGUCUCAUACCAGGUUAUGUAAUUGAAGGGACACUGGCGAAAACCAUUAUAACUGAACCGAAAGAAGUCACUCUCAUGAAUGGACUUACGUCUCCUCUUAAUAUGCAGGUCCAUUACAUUUCCUUCUCGGCUCAUGCUGAUUAUGCACAAACCAGCAGUUUCUUAAAAGAGCUUAUGCCGCCCAACAUAGUUCUUGUUCAUGGAGAAGCUACCCAGAUGGCAAGGCUGAAACAGAAUCUCAUCUCCCUGUUCGCGGACUCUAACACCAAAAUCGCUUCGCCAAAGAACUGCCAGUCGGUUGAAAUGUACUUCAAUUCAGACAAAAUGGCUAAAACAAUUGGAAAGCUAGCCGAGAAGAUUCCAGAGACCAGUGAAACUGUCUCUGGUCUUUUAGUAAAGAAGGGUUUCACCUACCAGGUUAUUGCCCCUGAAGAUCUUCAUGUAUUUUCUCAGCUAUCUUCAGCUAAUCUAAUCCAAAGGAUUACCAUUCCUUACUCUGGUGCCUUUACGGUACUAAAAUACAGGAUGAAGCAGAUAUACGAGAGUGUUGAAUCUUCUGUGGAUGAGGAAUUGUCGGUUCCUACUUUAGUAGUGCAUGAAAGAGUGACGGUUAAGCAAGAUUCUGAAAACCAUGUAUCACUUCAUUGGACUGCUGAUCCUAUUAGUGACAUGGUAUCAGACUCGAUUGUUGCCCUAGUACUAAAUAUUAGCCGGGAUAUGCCCAAAGUAACGGAAAUUGAAUCCGAAUUUAGUGAAGAGGAAAAUAGGAAAAAGUCAGAUAGAAUCUGUAACGCCCUUCUUGUUUCACUCUUUGGCGAUGUGAAGGCCGGGGAGAACGGUAAGCUUGUUAUAAGAGUGGAUGGAAACGUUGCACAACUCGAUAAAUCUAGUGGCGAAGUUGAAAGUGACAAUAACGGUCUAAAGGAGCGAGUAGGAGCAGUGUUCAAGCGAAUUCAAAAUGCGGUCAAACCCAUCCCACCCUCUUCCUCCUAGGUUUGAUUUCCGUUUAUCUUGUUAAUGUCAACAGACUUUAGUUAAUGAACCAUGAAUGAGAGGAUGGAAAAUUGUUGGGACAAGAAUUGGGUGAGUGACAAAUGCUUGGUUGUUGUCAAUUCAAAAUGGUAGAAAGUGAUUUUUAUUUUUUUGGUGAGAAAGAAAAGGAUGUUAAUGCUUAAAUGAUAACUGCUAUGAUUGUAUUGCUGUUCAUUAAAAUCUCUUACCACAUGAGCAUGGGCUGGAAACUGUCCUUUUUAUUAUCAUUUUGUUGAAGGAAGUGUUGGACCCCUCUUUUAAUUAUAUUAAUGGUUCAAUCAAUUUAGUACUGA